AUGGAAAAAGAAAUGUUUGCCAUCGUCCAAUGGACACAAGGAAAAGAUAAAGGACGAUAUACUGUCGGAUACCCAAUAUCUUACAUUAAAAAUUUUAAUUAUGAAUUAUAUGAAAAUGAUGAAUACGAACUUGAUCAACCAUUCCCAGUAGAAUGGCAUGAACCUGGGAAAAAACCUGUUGGCGGAUGGGAGGUCUUUGAAGCCAUUGUUAUACAAGUGUCAAGUUCGAUUAAAAAAUUAGAAAAAAUGAUGAAUAUCAUUGACGUAAAGGCGGGCAAAACACAAACUGCUUUGUUACCAAUGGCUAAGCACAUGGUGCCAGGAACAGAGGACGCAAAUGUAUCGAGAAAAAAAAAGAUAAGUGAAACUGAACUUGAUGAUAAAAACGAAUCAUCAGAAAUCUUAAAUGUCGAACUUCUAACAGGGCCAACACUUACUGAUGGAAAAGAAAAAAAUGAAUAUGUGACUAAAGCUGAUUUAAAAGCCUGUAACUUUAAUUCUAUUUUUUGCAGCUGA